AAUUAGAAUUGCGCAUGCGCUCAGUGAUUGCCCCGGAAGCAAAUUCACACACGUGUUCCGUUUGACAACCUUGAACAGACUUCAAAACAAAUAGCAACACUCUACGCUUUUCAACAAACACUACAAUGCCAGUGACGCGAAUAUUUUACCCUCUCUACCAGUUGGGCAACCCUCAGCUGAGGAUCUUCCGACCCAAAUGGUUCCUGACCCUGGUUCGGCCAGGGAAAGCGCAGCCACCUGAUGUUGCACAGUUUCGUGUCCCAAUGGAAAUGACCAAAUAUGACAUAAAGAACUACCUGGAGAAGAUUUAUAAUAUCCCUGUGGCAGUAGUCCGCACCAGGAUACAGUUUGGCUCCAACAAGAAGAGGAACCACCUAAACCAGAAGGUUAAGCAACCUGACUACAAAGUAGCCUACAUCCAGCUGGCCCAGAGCCAGACAUUCACCUUUCCUGACAUCUUCCCGGAAAAGGACAGAAAGCCAGCAGAGGGCUCCAUGGAAGAAUUGACGGAGAAGUACAUGGAAGAUGAGAAGCAGAAGCAGAAAUCUGACCCCAGGAGAGGAGGGGUCACGGAGUGGUUUGGACUUUGAGACGGCCCUCUGCACAGGAACUCUGUGUGUGUGUAUGUGUGCAGCAGUGUUUCAUUGGGACUUAUAUGUAUUGAUUUACUAUGUGAUCUGAUGCCACAUCUAUUUCUGUAAAAAAAAAGAAAAAAAGAAACAACUCACAAGUAUGAGGUAAAGAAGAACGAGCAUGUGUGUGGGAGGCCGGAGACAUGUGUUUGGUUUGUGUGUGUGAGGGAGAGAGCUUUUGUGAGGCUCCAGUCCAGUAACUGGAGCCAGAACAGAAUCACAGGAGGAGGAGAGUGGCCCUGCUCCAUCUUUCAUGAAAACAGCCCACCGUACAGAGUCUGCAUCACCUCAGAUGACCUUCUCUUUUUCUUCCUCUUAACUCCUCCACUUCCUUCUCUUUUUACUUCUCUACUUUAGCACCUGUAUCACAGCCACGGUUCCCGUUUAAUCAUAUCUCUUUCCCCAGAAUUUGAUGUUCUCCUCUUGUGCUCCUCUUUCCAGUGCCCCUCCAAGGACUGCUACAGUGUGUCCCCAGGUGCCGGAACCUUGACCACUUGGACCAACCCACCUAGACAACUCACGUCCUUUCCCUAUUUGAGUUUUUCCCUCAAAUAAAUUGACCACGGGAAUAACAAUGGAGAUGUUGUUUCAGCAAAGCAGCGACGUGAAGUUCACUGUAGUGUUUUAAUGUUCUGUGGCAGCACCCUGAGCCGUAACUCUGAGGAAACAUUGUUGCCUAUGAUGCAGCACCGUGCCGUGGAAUCGGCAGAAUUGUAAGUGCUGUUGAAAUGAGAAGUAAUAAAAGGUCAUUUGUCCAAAAGUGA